AUUUUGAAACAGGUUUUCUACAAGGUUACCCUGACAUCAGUGCCGCCUCCUGAAGCGCUUAUUCCGUUUCCGGUAAAGUGGAGGUGCUCCCUUGAAGGCUAUAGCAGGCUGCAGAUAUGGGCCACGGACAUGAACAUCACGGGCAUGGAAAGCUUCACAUGCCUGAUUACCGGCAAUGGAAAAUAGAGGGCACUCCACUAGAGCAAGUACAAGAGAGACUGGCUAGGCGAGGAUUGAGAGAUCCGUGGUUAAGGAAUGAAGCCUGGAGGUACAUGGGAGGAUACGCUAAACCAGCAACCUUUAAAGAUGUUCUUGCUAGAGGCUUUAAGUGGGGCUUUGCAGCCUUUGUGGUAGCUCUUGGUGUGGAGUAUGUCCUAUUUCCACCAAAGAAGUCAGGAGGCCACCAUUAGAAACUAAAGAGAACACACAAUCUUUGUUGUACUUAAUAGAACUACAUUAAACUUAUUAAGGUGUCAUUAUUGUAUGUAAA